CUUUUAACAGGCUUAAAGCAACAGAAAUCAUAGCUUAUAAAAAAACACCACUAGGGGUCCCCAUAUCCAUAACAUAUUCCUGUCCUGCUGCAGCAUCAUCUUUGUUCCAGCUGAAGCACAGACUACAGCAUGAAAACAGAGAAGAGGGGAUUACAGAGCAGUCUGCAGUGAUUGGAUGAAGAGACCCAGCACUGCACAGCAGACUCAGGGAGGAAUGAAUGCAUGCCAAUUAAUAAGUAAUAUGAAGAGACAACCGAGGAGCAGAAUCCAUGGAGGGGACGUUGGGCUUUGGAACGUAACAUCAGAUGAAGAGGUUGCAAAUGAGUGUCAAGAACCGGACCUGAUCUCUUCAUUGGAAGACAUCCCAGUCAGGAAGCACUUCUUUUACGUUGGCACACCAAAAAGGAUACAAGAGCUUGCGGAAGAGGAGAAAUUUUUUGUGAAAAAUGAAAUUAAAGUUCCGUCAGCAAUACAACUGGAUAAGAUUCUGAAGGCUGAGAAGAAUAUCCAAACGUGUGAUACUACUGCUCCGUCCAGAAAUAGCUUCCUGACUCAACCCAAGCAUUAUUCCCGACACAAGGGAAUUAGAGCGGAGUACCCCUUUAAGCUGACCAGGAGUAGACACAUCAAGAGGGGUAUCCAUCAGUUUCACACAACAGCACAAUGCACAAAGUGACAGAUGGUGCCUCCAGUAAGAGAUGGCUUCCAAAACUGCUGACAACCCAGCCAAAGCCCUGUCUCAGCAGGGACGCGGAAGACGUGCCUCCACCGUAGUGUAUUUUUGUUCAUUUUAUGAUCCUUACCGUAUGUUCUUUUGCUACCAGAUGCUUUUUUUUUUAGAAUGUUAAUACCUUUUAUGGUGCCUCAUUGUAAUAUUUACAAUGCAUUUGAAUGUGAUGCGAAAAGUACCAGUAGUAGAAUGGCAAAUGGAUCCAAGAUUUCUGGGCGGAAAUAAACAUCAUGAGCCCAGGCCUGGAGAUUACCAAUCGACUGGAACGUACACACACGCUAAUUUAAAGGAGGUGUCCGACCAGGCAGUAGAAUCUGUCUUCAUUUCAUUUGGCGCCACUGAAUUCAUGAAUAUCUAUUUAAUACAUGGAUGUACUGAGUCCUCAAGAGAAAGAACUGCUACUUAUUGAGGGCGAGGGGGGUUGGGGGUCAGGGUGGAGUUUAUCAUCCUCUAUAACAUCCAUAUAUUGGACUAGGACAUAAUGGGUCAGAUCAAAAGGGGUGUCCAUUUUAGAAGCCCAUUUACAAAUAUCCUGUUAUAGAGGAAGUCAGGAUACCGAACUAUUCUGGUUAGGCAAGAGUGGCUACAAAGAGAGUACGUCUUGGGGACUCAACACACCCUUACAUGCCAUGGACAGCCCACUGAUUUCACUGAAUCUUGUGUAAUGCUUUGUUUUGCCUGUGGAGGUGAUGCAGGGAAAUUGACCACUUCCUGCCAAGUUUGCUAACAGAUUACAGCCAAUUGUCCCCAAUAUACAAUGCUAUGUGGUUUCAGCUGUUGACACCUGCUAUACGUGGGUGACCUUGUGCUCAGUAACAACUUAGGUUAUGACCUUAUUAUUCAUGUGCGCAAGAAGUCUUCCUAUUGUAUGAUCAAAAUUAUGGUUUUAUGCAGGUUCAAGAGUCCGACGUGUGUCACCAUACCACUAGCUUUAUCAGGGGUAACACAUACCAGUUGGAAUUUUUCAUGUUAUUUUUUAGUGCUGUAAAAUUAAAUGCACCUUCAUAUUGUAUGUAUCUUUGUACCUGGUGUGUUGGGACUAAUUUGUAUUUCAUGAUUUGUUACAUUAUUUGUAAAACAAUUUUCCUUUUUUUCCUUUUUUUUUAU